UCCGAUGAUAUAUAUCCCUCCUCUGUUCAUCUCCCCACCCUCCUCUUCUGCCCAUUUCAUUCGAAGCGAGCUCUCUUUGACCCUUGAUCUUCCUUGAGCUCUGCUAUAGAUGGCGAAUCGCUGGCUCAGGCCCGAGGUGUACCCUUUGUUCGCGGCUGUUGGAGUUGCUGUAGGGAUCUGUGGGUUUCAAUUGGUUCGCAAUAUCCUUAUCAAUCCUGAAGUCAGGGUAAGCAAAGAGGGGAGGGCUGCAGGAGUGCUGGAGAACUUUGCUGAGGGAGAAAAGUAUGCAGAGCAUUUCUUGAGGAAGCAUGUGCGCAACAGAGCCCCAGAGAUCAUGCCAUCCAUCAACAGCUACUUUGCUGACUCAAACCGCAACUAAGUCUGUUUGAGAUAUAAGUAUGUCUUUAAUGUAAACCCUGUUAUGUCCAAUAUAAGGCUUUCAGGUGCAUUGAUGAAAUGGGAGUGAUAUUAGGCUGACCUGUGUGAUGUCAGCGAUGGAAGAUACACUAAUAAUUUUUAUGUGUGGGUGCUUCAAUGAUAAAGACUUGGAGGAUUUAUCUAUUCGUUCACCUCAGUUAUCAUCAUAUCAUCAAUCUGUGCUUCAGAUUAAUUUA